ACUAUGUUGUGGCUUGUGGUUGUCGUGGCUUUGUGGAGCCACGGCGGAGCUCUGGAUAAUGGCUUGGCGAGAACCCCCACGAUGGGUUGGCUGCACUGGGAGAGGUUCAUGUGUAACAUCGACUGUGACAGUGACCCGGAGAACUGCAUUAGGUAAAGGUACACUAUUGUCGAAAAUAUCAACCAACUGAAGGUAUGUUUAAGUUGUAAUGAAAUUGUAUAUCGAGACAAAACGUGUUUCCGCCCGGUUUCGAACCGGGGACCUUUCGCGUGUGAGGCGAACGUGAUAACCACUACACUACGGAAACCUACAUGCAAAGGGAAGAGGGUUUCAUUUAUAACCCAGACGUAAGUGAUUGGGACAGAAUUAUAACUGCAGAAGCAAAAGGUGCACCGUAACAGACGAAAAUGCGAGAGCCUUCAGACAGGGAUUCCGUGACACGCGAGGCCUUGGGCUGAUCUCCGACAGCCAUACACAGCAUUUUAACAUGCACUGUUUCCGUAGUGUAUUGGUUAUCACGUUCGCCUCACACGCGAAAGGUCUUCCCUUCGAAACCGGGCGGAAACACCAUUUAUGGAGGCUCCAUGACAUUACAUUCAUACAGUGAAGAUGGCAGAUGUGAUGGUGGAUGAGGGUUGGAGAGAAGCCGGCUAUCAGUACGUCUGCAUCGACGACUGCUGGAUGCACUCCAGUCGGGACGCCCGGAGCCGCCUCCAAGCAGACCCCGGUAGAUUUCCUGGAGGUAUCAAGAAGCUGGCUGAUUAUGUGCACGCCAAGGGCCUGAAGUUGGGCAUCUAUGCAGACGUUGGCAAAACUACCUGUGCAGGAUACCCAGGUAGUCUGGGUCACUAUGACACGGAUGCUCAGACCUUUGCAGAGUGGGAAGUGGACCUGCUCAAAUUUGACGGUUGCUCCAUGGAUUGGACUUUGCUUGGACAAGGCUAUGUGAACAUGUCCAAAGCGCUCAACAGAACAGGAAGACCAAUUCUGUACUCUUGCGAGUGGCCUCUAUAUGAAUGCCGUUUCCAAAAGCCUGACUACACUGCCAUUGGAGAGACAUGUAACCAGUGGCGCAACCUUCCAGAUGUUUACGACUCAUGGAGCAGCAUCAAGUCCAUCUUGGACUGGACUGCGAUGAAUCAGGAUGUGGUCGUCCCCUCAGCCGGUCCCGGGGGCUGGAAUGAUCCAGAUAUGCUGGUGAUCGGGAACUUUGGACUUAGCUCGGACCAGGAGGAGUCUCAGAUGGCACUUUGGGCCAUCAUGGCGGCCCCGCUCCUCAUGUCCAAUGACCUGAGGGCCAUCUCUCCACGCUCUAAGCAGCUGUUGCAGAACCGCCACAUCAUUGGCAUCAGCCAGGACCCACUGGGCAAACAGGGGUACUGCACUGCCAAGGUGGACAGUUUUGAAGUGUGGGAGAGACCUCUUUCCAACGGCAGGCUAGCCAUAGCUGUACUUAACAGACAAGAGAUUGGAGGUCCACGCAAGUUUUCCUUACAAGAAGCUCCUGCCUGGAAGAUGUGCAACCCGCAUUGUGAAGUGACCCAGAUCCUGCCUCAGUUUGAGGAGAUGGGCCUUCAGACUGGACAUCAAGUCAGUGUUAACCCUUCAGGGACCGCUGUUAUCAUCAUCACACCUAGCGGCCAAGCAAAGUUUCAAAUUCAUGAGAUGCACUCAUUGGAAAAAGCGGAGGUCCUAUAGACCAUCAGCAGAUUUAUUUUUUUUUUAAGUAUACAUUUACCAACUGGUUUAUGGGGAUUUAUGAAGACUUUCAAGCACAGUAAAGAUGAAGAGGCAUUCCAAAUUUUAACACCUUUAUUGAAAAUGUGUACUUCAUUCAGAAGACUGGGCCACAGCUUAGAACUGGAUGACCUGGCCCUGUUGAAAGAACAUAUGUAUUGUUGAACAGGCAGCACAAUCAAGUAACAACAAAUGUAUGAUGCUUUGUCUCUGCAAACAGAUGCAGUGAAUGUAACAGGUCACAUGUUUUAAAAAGGAAAACAUGUGCCAAGUCUGCUGGAAAUAUUUUCACAGACUCAAACCAACCACAAAGUAUUCAUGUUUGACAUCUGGAUACUUGAGGUGCGCUUUAUUUACACAUUUAUUUUUCAAAACCUGAGUAAUUCAACUUUCAAUUCCACUUUUCUUGUAACAUUGCGAUGAACUCAGUGGGUCUCAACUCAAAAUUGUCAUUGUGCAAAGAGCAGAUGGCCUUUAACAGACUCAUGAAAUAAAGUUGACUUCUGCCAUGCAUAGCAACAGCACAUUCAUUUUACCAAGUAUGAGCAAAUAAGUACUAAUAUAGGCUGUUAGUGAGUAAAAACAAUAAUGCUGUAAUAAAAUAUAGGAAUAUAUGCACACAAACCAAUGCAGGUUUUCCAGUGCGUUUAGUGGCAUAUUAUAUCAUGGCUCUUUGCCUUCCUUUUAACCACAUACAUACUCUUUGAUGCACAUAUAAAGCACUUAGAGUAGAAAUGCAACACUUACCUUUCUCU